GCGCGGGGCUCAGGGUCCUGUCACGGCGCUUCCUGGGGUUGGAGGUUAGGGUGGGUGGGGGGGUGAGGCACCCAUCCUUCUCCCCCUCGACGGCAGCCCCGAGCCCGGCCCCUUCCUUCCCGCGCGCCCUCGCCCUCCCUCCAGCCCCCUCAUGAGGGUGUCCGUGCCGGGUCCCGUGGUCGCCGCCGCUGCCGCCGCUCCGGUGGCCGGCCGCGAGCCCUCGACGCCGGGCCAGGGCGGCGGAGGGGAAGGCGCCGUCGCGGCCGCCUCGGGAGCCGCGGUGCCGGGCUCGGUGCAGUUGGCGCUGAGCGUCCUGCACGCCCUGCUCUACGCCGCGCUCUUCGCCUUUGCCUACCUGCAGCUGUGGCGGCUGCUGCUGUACCGCGAGCGGCGGCUGAGUUACCAGAGCCUCUGCCUCUUCCUCUGCCUCCUGUGGGCAGCGCUCAGGACCACCCUCUUCUCCGCCGCCUUCUCGCUGAGCGGCUCCCUGCCUCUGCUCCGGCCGCCCGCCCGCCUGCACUUCUUCCCCCACUGGCUGCUCUACUGCUUCCCCUCCUGCCUCCAGUUCUCCACGCUCUGUCUCCUCAACCUCUACCUGGCGGAGGUUAUAUGUAAAGUCAGAUGUGCCACUGAACUUGACAAACACAAAAUUCUAUUGCAUUUGGGCUUUAUAUUGGCAAGCCUUAUCUUUUUAGUGGUGAACUUGACUUGUGCAAUGAUAGUCCAUGGAGAUGUCCCAGAAAGUCAGUUGAAAUGGACUGUGUUUGUUCGAGCGUUAAUUAAUGAUAGCUUGUUUAUUCUUUGUGCCAUCUCUUUAGUUAGUUAUAUAUGCAAAAUUACAAAAAUGUCAUCAGCAAAUGUCUACCUCGAAUCAAAGGUUUUGGCUGAGGGAAGGUCCCAUCCAUGGGGCAGCCAAAAGAAGAGCCACCUACUGUUUUACUUGCUUGAAGAAUUCAGAAGACAAAAUUCAAGUAACUACCACAGAUGGAAAGGUAUGUCUCUGUGCCAGACUGUUGUCGUAAGCUCUGUAGUCAUUCUUCUGUAUUCCUCAAGAGCAUGUUAUAAUUUGGUGGUGAUCACCCUAUCUCAGGAUACAUUAGAAAGUCCAUUUAAUUAUGGCUGGUAUAAUCUUUCAGAUAAGGCUCAUAUGCAAGAUGUAAAUGGAGAAGAGUAUAUAGUAUUUGGAAUGGUCCUCUUUCUGUGGGAACAUGUGCCAGCAUGGUCGGUGGUACUAUUUUUCCGGGCACAGAGAUUAAACCAGAAUUUGGCACCUGCUGGCAUGAUAAAUAGUCACGGUUAUAGUCCCAGAGCUUAUUUUUUUGACAAUCCAAGACGAUAUGAUAGUGAUGAUGACCUGCCAAGACUGGGAAGUUCAAGAGAAGGAAGUUUAUCAAAUUCACAAGGGUUGGGCUGGUAUGGCACCAUGGCAGGGUGUGGCAGCAACAGUUACACCGUCUCUCCCCACCUGAAUGGACCUAUGACAGAUACUGCUCCUUUGCUCUUUACUUGUAGUAAUUUCGAUUUGAACAAUCACCAUAGCUUAUAUGUAACACCACAAAACUGACAGCAUUACCAAGUUGUGAUUCUUCAGUUGUUUUUCAUGAAUGUGUGUAUUCAAUGCGUUUAAAUGCCAUCUACAUAAACAUUCCAUUAUCUUUUGCAACUGAAAACAACGCCUGGAUGUGGCUGUGUUCAGCAGAGGACACAGCUAUUACUUUGACCUCUUCAUAGUACAGUGAAGUUAAAUGGAACAUUUGGAGUGGGAGAAAAGAGAGAUUAGAUCUUAAGGCCCUUGAUGGUCUCCAAACAACUUGACUGUGGAACAUCAAAAGCAUAUUUGCAUAUUUGCACUUUUAUCUUUGUUCUGAAGAGUACACUGCAGUCCUCAAAGUCAUACUCCAGUGUUCACCCUGCGAUAUUAUAUUGUACACCAAAUUAAGAGGCAAUUUUCCUAUUAAAAUAAAUGUCUGUGUAUUACAUGGUGUACUCUAUAUGGAAUUUUUACCCAAUAAAAAUUUUACAGUGUGAAAAGUGCACAGAACUAAAGCAUAAAAAUGUAUUAUUCUUUUUUUAAAUAUACUAAAAAAUAUGUAAUCAUUGAAGAUAGUUCUUUUAAGCAUGGUCAUAAAAUACCAACUUCAAUUAUUCAAACAAUCUUUUUUUUUUUAUGAUAGUAGUAAACCUUUACAGUGAUGACCAGCAGUGUUCUUUGGAAAGCCACAGUUAUUUCUUCAAGAAGAAAGUACACCAGUGAAAAGUAUGUGGCUACUUUGAGUAGAAGUAGUCAAGUGAUUAUUUUGUCUGAUUAAGAUACAUGUAGUAGGUUAAGCAUGAUUCUUCAAGAAAGCAAUAGUGGUUUUUGCAUAGGGAUAUUUUCGUAGAAAUCUCUUGGGACUAAACAAGUUUACAGAUGCAUUUAAGAGUUAUUCAUGAAAUAUACAAUUCUAAGUUAAAACAUGAAUACAUUUGCAAAAGCAUUUGAUUUAGCUGAAACAAGAUUUUACCUGGUUUUACCGGAAAAGCAGGAUUGUCCUCAGGUAAAUUUAAUCAUGAUACAUCAUUGCAGUGAACUCAAGUGCAAUACUUUGUAAGACAUAAGUCCUCCUUUAGUUUUCACAUUUUUAUAUCUUAUAUGGGCAAAGCCAAAUUAAAUUUAAUUCCAACACUAUAUAAAUAAGCAAACUGAUAUGAAGGUACUAACUAGGUAAGUAUAAAACCAGUGGUUAGCGACAUUGGAAUACUCUUUGAAUUAUAUUAAAACUGUCUUGAAUGUCCUAUCCCAAAUCUAAAAAAAUAUAUGGUAGGCUAAGGUAAUAGAGAAUUUUAAAAUGCACUUUCUACCAGUGUUUAUAUUAAGAGAAGGAUUGCUGCAUACCUCAAGAUGCCAAGGGAACAGGCAACAUUGGGAAGCUGUCACAGCAUACUUUAAGACACCUAACUUUAUACAAUUGUCUGCUGAUCUGUUUCUUCAGAACUGGAACUAAUAAGACAACUGUCCUUUUCUGUCUCUUAAUUUUAUUUGACAGUUAUGUUUUAUUUCUACUCUCGCUUAAAAUACCUUUCAACUUUUUAAUAAUGGAUGCAGUAACUUCACAAAAGUAUAACAGUACAUGAAACCCCCAAGGAAUAAAUGAAAUUUUUAAUGCUUUCGGUCUUUUGGGAGGCUGGUACACAGCCAAAUAAAUUUAUUCUUUUUAUCAUACAAGAUGACUUUGAAUUCAAUCAGAAGCAUAAACCUAUAGUUAUGCUACUUUAGGUUCAUAAGUUCUCUUAUUGUAACCAAAUUAUUUUUAAAUGUAUAUUACAGAAGUUAACCUUGGUAUUUACAUGACAGUAGAGUAUGCAGCUCAGUAUAUUGUGAUUACAACUUCAGUUAUUAGAUUUUUCAGAAAGCCAACUAUUAAUUUUCCUAAUAAUGUUAGCUAUUUGAUUAUCUGAAGCUGUAUGACAAGAUUUGUGUUAACCCUUGGGAUUCAAAUAUAGGACAUUUUUUUCUAGUAAGGCUUCCCUAGAUAAUGUUUCUAUUUGACCAGAUAAGCAAAGAUUACUUUUUUAAAAAAGUAUUUUAGAUAAAAUACUGUAACUAGGUUCUUUCAAUUGCUUUAGUUGGUUCCUCCAAAUUUGAGAUUUAUAAAUAUAUUCUUAUGACUGACUAGGGUACCUAAAUUCUUGCCUUUGUCUCUUUAUACACAUCUCCCACAGUACAUCACCAAAGACAAAGAAAUAUAAGCUUCUGGCCCAAUUUUUGCUUGAAAAUUCCAAAGCACUAGGAGCACUUUAAGUUUGGUCUUGAAAGGAGUUGUUUAUAAAAUCAAAGGGCUACCGAUUCCUUGUUCAUCCUGCACUGAAGCACAUGAUGACAAUUUCAAACCUUCCUCUUGGUUCAUUAAUUAGAACAAUGCAUUUCAUUGCUUAAGUGUGUAAUUCUACAGUGAUUAGCAGUACUUGUUUUUAUCAUUUCAUUUGGGUGGCCAUUAAUUUUGAAACUCUUACCACUCAUUAUAGCUGGUUGUAGUUUUUAUUAAAGAUGUAAUUUAUAGCUAGUAGCUUUUUUAUGCAUAGCUGCCUUUUUAUUGUUUAACAGUGUUUCUCAGCUAUAUGAUCAGUUUCAAACUGGUUGUAAAAGUAUAGCUGUGGUCAAUGAAUGUAUUUAUUUGUUGUUUCACUAAAUUGUAACAAAACACUCCUGUUAAAAUAAAAGUGUUUGUGCUUUUA